AUGCAAAUUCUGGCGGUUACAUCUUCGAAAGAAGCUCUGACUAAUAGAAAUAUGUCGAUUAUAACUAAUCUUUAUCAGAAUACCACAUCAUCUUCGAUUGCCAUAAAGUAUUUUCAGGAAAGUAAACGUUACUCGAAAUUUCGCUGUACUGGACACGAAAAUAACAUUGACUCAUGGAUACAGCGCCUGUGCGUGUUUAAUCAUAUUUGCUAUAAUACGAAUCUUCAACGUUAUGAAUAUUUCCGGCGUGCUGACCGAAAGAAACCCGUGUUCUUCGACUCUGGAAAAGGAAUGCUGACAGAUUUUGGACAAAAAUUUUUGUCACUUUCUAUCAUUGGAGGUUCACCAUGGGCACCAUUUGUUGUUGAUGAAGCGUUGCCGACUGCAAAUAUUACAUUACUCAAUAGAUUACACACACUGUGGCAGAAUUACUUCCCAAAUAAUGUAGGUCAUUUGUUAUGGGAAGAAUUCGGAACGAUCCAUUAUUCCAUGGAACGAAUGAAUGAGCUUGAUACUCGUUCAGUUGUUAUGCAUUGGAGUCCGAUUUCAAAAGAUCCUUUGUAUCUUAAGUACCAAGACCACCUGCUGUCAGCUAUAACACCAGAAAAAAUGGUUGAAUCGAAGCCAUAUAUUAAUAGUUUCAAUACACGUUAUGUCUGCUUUGAUAGGCUGAUGGCCGGAGGCAUGCUUCGGUUUUUUGAUCCAUCAUUAUAUGACAAGAAUCAGGGGCGGGAAACUUUAAUAUACAAUUGGAGAUCAAAGCUUAUUAAACAUCAUGGAUUCGAUCCUGACUUCGUACCCACCAAACAUCAUAUAAUAUUAACAAAUAAAUCACACUCACUUAAUGCCAAAUCAAACUCAAUAGGACAUCGAGCUAUUGCUAAUAUGCAAGCCAUCGAAGAAUUUAUUCGCAAAACUUAUCCAACGAUCUCGUUUGAAGUGGUCGAAUGGCACAAAAUACCAUUUCCGAAACAAAUCGAAAUGCUCAUUCACACAACUAUCCUCAUUACGCCUUCAGGAGGAGUAUCGACCAGAGCACCUUUUCUUCCACGAGGAGCUCAUGCUAUCAUAAUG